CCAUCGAUUAGACCGCGUGAUACUUUACGUGGACACCACCGCGCCAGGCAGUUUGGCGCAACUGACCGGGAGGCGAUAGAGUUUCUCCCCAAUGCUCCGGAUCUACGGAAAGUGCGUAUGCUGCAACCUGUCUCACCUUGUGUUAUCAGAGCCCUGUAUACCAGUUGCCAUAGACUUUCCGAGCUGUCCCUGGUUAGCUUGCAGAGGAUCAACUACCCAAUGCUCAAGAACUUGGUUGAGAAGUGCCCCAAAAUAAAUUCACUGACGAUACCCAGUGAAGUGAUGAGGUCAGAGAUACUUGCACAGGCAGUCUCUCACUUGGAGCACCUACGUGUCCUCUGUCUGGGAGAAUACGAUUCUAGCAAUGAAACACCUCUUCUGCUGCGCCUAAUAGCUGAUAGUUGCCCACAGCUAGAAGAAGUUGACUUCACAUUCAGCUAUGUCAAUAUGGAUGAUCUGGAAUACUUCCUGGAAGCCAAGAACAACACCCUUAAGUCCAUACGCAUAAAGUGGACAAUGGCUGGGUGUGUCACCCCACUACUCGCAUCCUGUGCUGGUGGCUUGGAACGUCUGAGGCUUUACAAGUAUGAUGUUCACGUCGAAGAGCUGGAGGCCUUUACUGCUCUUGGAAGAAUGGAGAAUUUGCAGGAACUUAAAAUGGGGUGGAUUGACCCAUCACCUGGUACAGCUGCUCUAGCAUUUAAGGAUGGAAGGCUACGGAAACUGAGAGCACUGGAUCUACGUUGUUCAUCUGCCCUGGACGAUGCCACAGUAAUUGCCAUCUGUCGUGGGUGCCCCGCUUUACGUGAACUCUACCUCUGGGGUGCCGAUAAGCUGUCUGAUUUUGCCUUCUCGGAGAUCUACCGUCUGCAACGUCUUGAAAUAUUGGAUGUGUCAUGUUGCAAAGCUCUUGGUGGGGCUCUAAUCCCUUUCCUCACCGGCCUACCACGACUUCAUACAUUAAUCAUGGAAGAAAUGAAUUUUCCAAAAUUGGAACCGGGUCUAAGUAGUAUUGUCAAAUUGUCCAACUUGCGCCGCCUGUCACUGCAGAAUUCCAUAGUUACUGGAGUUCCAUUUGAUCAGUUUGCAAGCAAGCUUGUAAGUCUCAGGAACCUGAAUGUCAAGUGGUGUCGACGUGUGCCCGGGGGUGUGAAACGGCUGAUGGAACUGAUGCCAGCUGUCAGAAUCCAUGGCAGCUUCAAGGAAUGGGACCUGCCUGAAGACAUUGUGAGACUUUUUUGAAGAUCUUUGUGGGAAUCUGCCAUUAAUUUUGUUCUGGCAUAAAGUCAAAUGCUGGCACCACGGUAGAGCAGAGAAGGUUGUGAAGAAAACGUCAGCAAAUACUACACAGACCAACUCCUCUCUAGGACGACGAGACAGUAGUGGCAUCUACAUGAAGAGAACAUAAGCGCUGCGCUGCCUGGCCAUGGCCCAGUUGAAGACUAGCCAUUCUAAGAGCUCUGUAGCAGUGACUUAGGAACUGUAUAAUUGUAUAUACUAAGGAGAUUUUUAAUUUUUUUCUGUCGCCAUUGCUUGCACCACCUCAUUGAAAAUUCUCAAGGUUAAAUAUUGCCAUUUAUCUUAAUGUAAUAAACAUUCAUUAAUACAAUUUGCUUGAAUUGUUGUCUAGCGAUCCGAGAGAGCAGGUUUCCUAGGCACUCUAUAUUCGACGAGUAGGCAGGACACAAAUUUUAUCUGGGUAUCAGCAUGUCCUUGUACUCGUAACCAUGAGGUUAAGCAUGCUGUAUAAUAUCAGUGAUGUCUUCUGUUGUCAAAGAAUUUGGUUCAUGUGUAUGUUUUCUGUGGUUUAUGUGAUGUGUGUGUGAUCGCUUUGUUUCGUUUAUUGUCAUACAUGUAUUAAAUAUGGUUAAUAUAAAAAUAAAACGUACAAAAUAUAAUUAGUAUAAAACCCGUCGUGUUUCGUUUAAGGCUUGCUUUAUCUUUGGACAGCUGUGC